CCUUUUUUGCAUUCGUUGUUGAGUCGCAGAGCGGAGAACAAACCAAACAUCGUCGGCAAAAGCCGCUGCAGUUGAGUGGAAAAAGUUUACUAAUUUUGAUCGAAGCAGUCGAGAGGAAGUUAAAUUUCGGUUCGUAAAGGAAGUGACUUUGUUUGGAGAUUUGAAAAUUGAUAAAAUUGAGUGAUUUUCCGGUGGAAAAGUGAGUAAAAUUGUAGAUUUACGUCGAAGGAAAACUUCGCUUCUUGAAAAGCCCACAUCCCGAACCAGGUUCCUGCGGAGCAGAUUCUAAAGAUUUGAACAACCUUUUUGCGAGUGACACACCCGAGCGACCAGCAGAAGGAACAGAGGACACGCACGCAGGCAGAAUGGCGGAAGACCAGAGUGAGACGGUGGCGGCGGCGGCGACGGCCACGGCCCCAGCAGCAGCCCCAGAAUCUCCGCUUCCACCGGUGGAGGACAAACCGAAAGAGAUCACCAAGCGCUCCUUCCGGCUCGAGACAUGGCAGAAGAUCAAGGAGCAGAAGCUGUCGCCGGUGCGGCGGUUCAACUCGUUUGGCAUGUUCAACAAGAUCCCGUACCUGGUCGGCGUGGACAAGGCGGCCGAGCUGCUCGCCGAGACGGACGAGUUUAAGAAAGCAAACUCGAUCAAGGUGAACAUCGACCUCGCCCAGGAGCAGGUCAAGCUCGAGGUGAUCAAGGCGGGCAAAACGCUGCUGGUGCCGCCCUCGCACAAGUCCGCCAACGUGUACGCCAAGAUCAAGGCGCCGGCCGACACGGCCGAGCUGGACCUGGCCGCGCAGAAGAAGCUGAUCAAGCUGCAGGCGGCGGAGGACACGUUCGACGAGAUUGACAUCAACAGCACCGAGAAGAUUGACAUGGUUGUCGUUGGGUCGUACGCGGUGGAUCGGCAGGGUCGUCGCAUCGGCAAGGGCAAUGGCUACGUGGAUUUGGACGUGGGGAUUUUGACGCACCUGGGGUGUUUGACGAAGGACACGCUGAUUGUGACGACGGUGCACGAUGUGCAGGUUUACGACGCGCUGCCGGAGAAUCUGUUCCAGAGCUAUGACUUGCCGCUGGAUUUGAUUGUGACGCCGACGGAGGUGAUUCGGGUUGGGAAGCGGUUGGCGCGGCCGGCGGGGAUCGAGUGGAACCUGCUGUCGUCGCGUCGGCUGGAGAUUGUGCCUGUGCUGAAGAGCAUCAAGGAGAAGCUGGAGGGGGAGGGAAAGGUGGUGGAGCUGAAGUCGGAGGAUACGGAUGUGGAGAGUUAUCGGCAGAAGGCUCGGCGCCGGUCGUUCCGGGGUGGAAAGGAGCCGGGUCAGCGACGCCGCAGGCGGUCGGAUCGUCGUACGAGCGAGAAGCAGCAGAAUGGAGGCGGUGGGGAGAGCCACGAUGAGGGUGGUGAGCGGACGGACGGGGAGGCGGGUGAGGGUGGCAAGCAGCGCCGUAGACCACGUCGUCCGAACCGUCGGCUGCGGCGAUCGGGCAAGGGUGAGGGAGAGAGUGGAGCGGAGAAGUCGGAGGCCGAGGGUGGAGAUGGUGGGGAUGGUGAUGGCAAGAAGGUUGGAGGACGGGGAGAGCGACGCCGCCGGGAGCCGAAGCCGCGCAGUGAGCGGAAGGGCAAGUCGGACUGGGAUCUGUGCAUUCGCGUGUCGAACAUCAACCGGUCGAUGCGGAUCAAGGAGUUGAAGCAGGUGCUGCGCGUGCGUGACCUGAACCCGAUGUUCAUCAAGUGGAACGGAUUCCACGGCAAGUGUUACCUGCACUUCCCGAAGAAGCCGGACAUGAAUGACGACGAUGCGGGGGCGGAACUGCUGAAGCAGCUGGAGAACCUGACCGUGACGGUGACGCCCCGUGAAAAGGACGGCGGUGGCGAGCCGAAGGAGGUGACACUCACCUGCGAGCUGAUGAAGCGCAAGGAAGGCGGCGGCGCCGCGGACACCCCGGCCACCAACGGAACCGUGCUCGAGGGUAGCCGGAUCGAAACGACCGACGUGACGGCCGUCUAAAGUGCUGACCGCGUGCCGUUUCCGGGUCUUUGCGUCGUGACCCCCCAGGCGGCUCUCUGUGUCGUGGACCCACACACACACACGCACGUGUUUCGAGAUGUUAUUUUAAGGAAGGAGAAACCCCCCGCCGCCACAGCCGCUACUACUAAUGAACAAGAGAAAGAGAUAGAGAGAGAGUGUGAGAGCGAGAUCGCUUGCCGCGUCGUACACAAAUUUUCGAAAGCGAUUUCCCGCCGCCCCACACCAGUCAGAGUUACAAACGCGUUCUUCUUAAAUGUCAAAAUAUGAAUUUCGAACGAGCCAGAACAAACGAAGCAACAACAAAAUCAAGUGAUGGCGCUCGUGCGAGCUACUUCCGGACCGGAAGUAGCGAGAAACGUCGCCACUGCGCGCGCUCGCGCACUCCUUGGACGUUUUUCCGGGGGAUUUGGGACACCCCUCUGCCGGAGGUGUCGUCGUCGUCCCCCCCCGGGACUCUGUGCCCCCUCUGCGAGGAGGCAGACUUAGCGAGAGAGAGAGAUAUUGUUAUUUUUUUCUUUUCUUUUUGUUACUAACAGAUUAGGACGAGAUGAUAUUGCAGGAGAGAGAGAUUAUUUAUUAUUACUAUGUUGUACCUUUUCCACCCCCGACCGACCUUCCAAUAUCUCAAACACAAACACGCGCGCGCGAAAAUCUUACAAAUAAUUUAAUUUUUCUUCUCCAAUUGGUACAAAUCAAACCGACAGUGUUUGAGCAUCGAGAAAGCCGCCAACGAGUGCGUCCAGAUUCGACAACUUUUUGAAUUAUUACUACUUUUUCCUGCUAUAGAGAGACAGCGAGAGAGGGACAAUUUCACCGCGAGAAUUAUUGUGAAGUUAGCUUGUUUUUUUUUUGGAAUCCGCGAGAUCGAGAAAGAUAGUUGAAGCAAUUUAAAUCAACAUUUCGACACCGAAUUUGACGCCCUGAAACUGAUUUUGCACAUUAAACAAAAAACGCAAGCAAGAUUAAAAGCCAAUUGUGGUUGCGAACUGUGAUGGUAUUCAUUUACGACGAUGACGAAAAAAAAAUCCGUGCGCCGCCCACCCCCACAUCAAAUUUGUUCAGUUCAGUCCAGCAGCAAUCCGUAUUGAUUUCAGAACAAAGCUGUGUGUUAAAAGAGAAAGUUCUCGCGUUCGCGAAGAUGUAUCUCGGUGAACCACGUUCCGCGAUGCUACGACGAAGUAAUACAAGUAAAAAACUAUGUGAAAUUACGAGAGAAAAGAGGGUGAUUUAAACAGGAAUUUGCCACAGCAAACCGGUUGCGCGCAAUUCCACCGUAGAAGCUCUGAUUUAAGAGGAAAAAAACAUUUGAAAGUUCUUGAAUCAGUCGAGAGAAAUACACAAUUUAAAACAAGGACGACGAAACGCUUACCGUUUUCCCCCCAGUGACAAAAGAGAGGAGAAAGUGAAGGCUUGUCUGUCGCGAAAGCGAAAA